AUUAUCCUAAUUAUGGGUCGCGCCCAAUAUAAGUAGUUACAUACCCCUGAGUCUCAAGACGACAUUGUUUGCGUUUGCGUUUGCAUUGAACUAUAGCCCUCGAGGUAUAGCUAUGCCAAUAUGGAGUGGUUUCCGGAUUCCGAUCCAUUUAUAGCUCCUAAUAAUCUCGACUUGUUUGACUACGAACUGGAAGCUCGUACCAAGGGCCAACAAUGCAGAGUUAUCCAGAACUGGGGAUUAAAUGCGGUUCAAGAUGCUGAGAUAAUUGAUUUACCGGACCAUCAAAGCUGGGAAAAUUGGAUACAGACUUUGGACUUCAUUCGGAACGACUUUACCAUAGACAAGUUACCUAAAAAUGGGUUUAUAAUAGUCUGUAUUCCGAGGGCGGAAGAUAUAAAACUCACAGACAGUACUGUACUCUCGGCAUACACAGAUAUUCCUUUGGACAAGGAUUCUUCGGAAAGUUGGCAGAAAGUAGUUGAAGCAUUUCACCUGCCUGUCCAUUUUCCAAUGCUCGCGGUAAGAAAGCAGACGUCACUGACCUCUGUAGCUCGCACGUACAAGUUUCCAGAGGGCCCAGAGAAAAUUUGGAUGCACACUGCGGUCGUAAAUCCGGAUUCUGAUGAAGAGUCAUUUGCCAUGGCUGCAACUCAUUUCGAGAAGAAGAACCUGACGCUGGCUGUUAUGUUCUGCUGUUCAGAUGACCAAAUCAGAAGGAUACAAGGGCUCGUAAACAUUCAUCAGGACGCAAUAGGACAUCCUCUUCUCAUGUUGAGCAUCUACGUUGAGUUACAGUACGAUCGUCUUUGUACCAUGAUUAGUAAAAGGCACUUGCAAUAUGAUACUCUCAUGGGAGAGAAGGCAUUUCAAGAAGCUAAGGAAGUGAAGGAUCGUUUCAGCUGGGAGACCAUCCAUAAGGUUAGGUCGACCCGAGAAGCCAUCCGGAAGGCCGAGGAAGAAGUCGAGGCCACGAAGCUCCAGUUAUCCAAGGCUCUUUCGGAUUUGCAGAUGCUGAAGACUCUCAAAGAUGAACCUUCGACGAGGAUGACGGAGAUAAUUUCGGAGCGAUUUAACGAUAUAAUUAUGAUGCUCAAUGGCCAAAGUUCUAAAUGCCGAAUCCUUGUCGAGGACAUUUCGUUUGCUACAGAUAUAAUGAGGAGUGAAUUAUCAAGGCAAGAAGCCCAGACCAGCACCGAGAAUUCAAAAUUUGCUACUGGUAUCGCUUUCGUGGCUAUGAUCUAUCUUCCCCUGUCGACAACGGCGACUAUAUUUUCUAUGCCCAUUUUUCAGUGGUCUAACGACUGGAGAGACUUACGAUAUCGACCAGUAGAUAGUGGUAACACGUCUGACUCAGGAGACUCAGGAGGCUCAGGAGGCUCUGGUGAUACGACGAUGUCGCCGGUAGUCUCUGGCUAUAUCUGGCUCUAUAUUUCAAUAUCCGCUGCUUUGACCUUCAUCACCUACUUCGGGCUCAAGUUCUAUAUGAAACUACGAAAUAGUGAAAGUGUCAUGUCUUUACUCUCAUCGAUUCCUGGCUUGCCAAUUUCCUGGUUUACAAGGUUGUUUCAAGACAAGAUUACUCCCUUCGUGGCUAGGAAUGGCAAAACAGGAAAGUACAACACCGGAAAGUCUCUUCCUCGGUAAACGAAUAGAUAUAUAUUCUCUAGGUGCCGCGGCUCGAAUAAUUCGGACAUGCCCUUGUGAUUAUCCAGAGAAUCUGGCUUGGAACUUGUAGUAUCACGUCACCACCAGGAAACGCCUUACCUCUAGAACGGGGCGUUAACCUCUUGCCAGCCGAGGAGCUCGCGCUCUUUGAGCCUAACCAUCCUACCUAAUCUAGUAUAAGAUUACUCAACAUUAUUAGUUCGGCCAAUAUUUGCCCUCAUAUAUUGGAUCCUAGAUCAAAUGACAAAGGUUGCCUGGUGCUCCAAAGGUCGGCACUUAAGAAUCACAAUGGAAGAGAGCAGGAUAACCGAAUCAACAGGAGAAUACAAUAAGAUAUGAAUGCCUCUAUACACUAUUUAUAUUAUAAUUUAUUAGAUCCUAGUAAAGGUUAUUGUUUGAAAAGCAUUUGGAAUAGGCUAUCAGUGGGUAAGGAGGAUUGCCCCCCCCCCAAGGGAUCCCUCGCCAAUUCAUUACAAUAAGACUAAUGAUUAGAGAC